AUGCCGCCCGCGCCGCGCCGGCCCCGCCGCCGGCCCCGCGCCGCCCGGAGCCGGACGCGGCCGGACACGGAGCGCCCCGGGGCGCAGGCCGGGUCGGCGGACCCCCGCCCCGGACCCACCCGGACCCCGGACCCCGGACCCACCCGGACCCCGGACCCACCCGGACCCCCGCCCCGGACCCACCCGGACCCCCGCCCCGGACCCACCCGGACCCCCGCCCCGGACCCACCCGGACCCCGGACCCACCCGGACCCCCGCCCCGGACCCACCCGGACCCCGGACCCACCCGGACCCACCCGGGCCCCGGACCCACCCGGACCCCGGACCCACCCGGACCCCGGACCCCGGACCCACCCGGACCCCGGACCCCGGACCCCGGACCCACCCGGACCCCGGACCCCGGACCCACCCGGACCCCGGACCCACCCGGACCCCGGACCCACCCGGACCCCGGACCCCGGACCCCGGACCCACCCGGACCCCGGACCCCGGACCCACCCGGACCCCGGACUCAGACCCACCCGGACCCCGGACCCACCCGGACCCCGGACUCAGACCCACCCGGACCCCGGACCCACCCGGACCCCGGACUCAGACCCACCCGGACCCCGGACCCACCCGGACCCCGGACCCACCCGGACCCCGGACCCACCCGGACCCCGGACUCAGACCCACCCGGACCCCGGACCCACCCGGACCCCGGACUCAGACCCACCCGGACCCCGGACCCACCCGGACCCCGGACCCACCCGGACCCCGGACUCAGACCCACCCGGACCCGGACCCACCCGGACCCGGACCCACCCGGACCCCGGACCCCGGACCCACCCGGACCCCGGACCCACCCGGACCCCGGACCCACCCGGACCCCGGACCCACCCGGACCCCGGACCCCGGACCCACCCGGACCCGGACCCACCCGGACCCCGGACCCCGGACCCACCCGGACCCGGACCCACCCGGACCCCGGACCCCGGACCCACCCGGACCCGGACCCACCCGGACCCCGGACCCCGGACCCACCCGGACCCGGACCCACCCGGACCCCGGACCCACCCGGACCCCGGACCCCGGACCCACCCGGACCCACCCGGACCCACCCGGACCCCGGACUCAGACCCACCCGGACCCACCCGGACCCCGGACUCAGACCCACCCGGACCCACCCGGACCCCGGACCCCGGACCCACCCGGACCCCGGACUCAGACCCACCCGGACCCCGGACCCACCCGGACCCCGGACCCACCCGGACCCCGGACUCAGACCCACCCGGACCCGGACCCACCCGGACCCCGGACCCACCCGGACCCCGGACCCACCCGGACCCCGGACCCACCCGGACCCACCCGGACCCACCCGGACCCCGGACCCACCCGGACCCCGGACCCCCCGGACCCACCCGGACCCACCCGGACCCACCUGGCCCCAGACCCCUCCUCAGGCCCUCCCCGGGCCCCAGACAUCCCCCUAACCCCUGCCCCAGACCCCUCCUCGACCCCCAGCCCCACCUGGCCCCAGACCCCCGGACCCUCCUCAACCCCACCCCCUGGCCCGGGACACCCGCCCGACCCCUGGUGCCGCUGCCGCUGCCGCCGCUGCGCUUCUCAGCCGCGAACAGCCGUCAUGUCCUGUAG